UCCCGGCCUCGCUGGACAUGCUUCGGGGACGGGGCCCCGUGUCUGGAGCCAAGGCCUCUGCGGGGCGAGGGUGACCCCGUCCAGAGACUCCGAGCAUCAGAGACUCCUAGAGAGACAUCUCUCCUCUCUCCCCCUUUCACCUGGACUCCGCCACAGGUUGGCCGAGUCCCGGUGGUUUGGGGGGAGCUCGCGCCCCGGCCUGGUGCCGUAGGAUGUCCCCGUGCCCCCCUCAGCAGGCGAGGAAUCGGCCAGGACCACCACCGGCCCCAGAGCUGGGGGAGAUGGAGCUGACGUGGCAGGAAAUCAUGUCCAUCACAGAGCUACAGGGCCUGGACACGGCGCCGGAGACCCCCUAUGAGGCGGCUCUGUACGGGGCGCAGCCCCCGGCCCCCGACUUCGGUCCCUGCGGCCUCCUCCCCGCCGGCCCCCCGCCUUCGUGCGGCCAGCACCCCUUCCCUUACGCCCGCCACUACCCCGCCGGGCCGGAGCCGGGCCCCUACCCCUACGACGUCUUCGGCGGCCUUCCUGCCCCCGGCCCGCCGCCCCCUAAACCCCUCACCCUCUCCGGCCUACUGAGCGAGCCCCUCCCGGACCCCGUGACCUUGGCCGAGAUGGUCCUGCCGAGCGCGACCCCCGCGCUGCUGGCCCCUCACAAGUGCCCCGAGGACCCCGAGUCCGACUCCGGACUGUCCCUCAACUACAGCGACGCCGAGUCCCUGGACCCCGAGGCCGGGGCGGGCGAGGUGGGGCGGCCCGAGUACGCCGAGCUGUUCCCCCCGGCCUUGCCGCCGCCGCCCGCCUGGGCCUCCCCGCCGGGCCCGGCUCGGCCCAAGCCCCCCGGCCGCGGGGAGGCCGGCUGCCGGGACCAGCGCCGGGCCCUGGCCAUGAAGAUCCCCUUCCCCACGGACAAGAUCGUCAACCUGCCCGUGGACGACUUCAACGAGCUGCUGGGCCGCUACCCGCUGAGCGAGAGCCAGCUGGCCCUGGUGCGCGACAUCCGGCGCCGGGGCAAGAACAAGGUGGCCGCCCAGAACUGCCGCAAGCGCAAACUGGAGACCCUGGUGCAGCUGGAGCGCGAGCUGGCCGAGCUGACCACCCGGCGGGAGAGGCUGCUGCGGGCCCGGGGGGAGGCCGGACGGACCCUGGGGCUCCUGCGCCAGCAGCUGGGUGACCUCUACCGCGACGUCUUCGCCCGGCUGCAGGACCAAGAGGGCAACGGCUACUCACCCGACGAGUACGUCCUGCAGCAGGCGGCCGACGGCACCGUCUUCCUGGCGCCCCGCGGGGGGACCCCGGACCAGGUGGACUGAGCGCCCGGGCCGGGGCAG